GACGACAACUCCGUCUUGGUUGUUAAACAAGCAGUGGAAAUACCCGUAAACGGUUUACGCUCUAUUUUUGAUCUCGUCAGCCAUAUCACUCACAUUUAAUUCGAUGCCAGAUUUAACUUAACCAGGAAGAGAUCAGCGGCGACUUCACUUCUGAUUUCAUUCAGUCCGAAGAGCGCAAAAAGACACAUCGAUAAAAAGCAAAGCUAAACACCUGAACAUACCAAACGAAAAUUGUUAUAACACGGUACAAUUCACAUAAAUGUUUGCGGAAACGCCUACAUUUCAUUAGUUGCCCGAUGACAUAAGGUACCAGAGUCUGGUUUUGCAGCAAGACAGUUAAAAGGAGAAGUCACAUCCAACGGAGAAAACAAAAAUAAUAAUCGUUGCUUAAGACAGUCAACAAAAGAACACUAACACUCGCUUCUAAAACAUUAUCCACAACCGAUGAUGUAAGCUUUUAGCAUUAUCAGUACGUGCAGAAAGGCCCCACUAAGUCAUCCAACCAUGAGUGACGGCUCGAACCACAAUGUUAAAAUUCUACAUGAACCCCUGCGAAAUAUAGGGGCACAGGACAUUCUCCAGGUCGGCGGAAAGUUGUAUGAUGGAACGCUCCGAAAACGCAGCCAACUGGACAAGCUGUUAGGAUCAACGAGAUGGAAGCAGCGCUUCGUGGUGAUAUCCCAGGGCUGCGUGUACUGCUUCAAGAGCGAGUACGCCUCCAGGCCCCUCACCGCCUUUUCCCUGACUGUCUAUGACAGCGCUGUUGAGACGGAAAUGCACGGAGUACUCAAUUGCUUUGAAAUAAGACACGAAACUAAAGAUAAAACCCCGCACUAUUUUGCGGCGGAAACAGACGACAAACGAAAGGCCUGGUUGGGAUACCUCAAUGACGCGAUUGCGCAGGCGCACACCUUUUCAGGGGAGAAGUUGUCGGCCGACAGCGACGAAGGCAUUGCCGGCUGCAAAUACAAGCCAGUUAACCGGAGGUCAAAUGUCCCUUUGCCGCCGCUUCCCACGGCUUCUCCUUCCGCCUCGUCAGCCCGAGCACCUUUAGCAAAGGCGUCACCAAAAAGCGAGUACGAUCUGGAGUCGGAAGAAGACGAUGAUCCGUACGACAAAGUGCCUGAGCAAGAGGCUCCAGCCAAACCUUCUGUGACGUCACCGACUAGAAGCGGAGCGACGUUGCCUGGGGGCGUUCCCUUGUUACCAACGACCGCCGGUCUCCAGGAGCUCUCCCGCAAGCGCCCGCAGACCGUCUCCAAGCGUCCACCACAGGCACUUCCGGGCACUUACCAAGAAACGCACAUAGCUACGGACACAAUUGGCCGCCGGACAUUAAGCCUCGCGGAGCCGUCGGCCACUCCGAACUACAUUAAUGAUACGGUAAAGAUUGAUCAAAACAUACUUUAA